UCCUGCUUCACUUCCGGUUCCGAGUUCCGGUGCGGGUCGCGUUGCCAACGACGAUGACCGGCCGGGGGACCCCGAGCCGCUUCUUGGCCAGCGUCCUGCGGAACGGCGUGGGCCGCUACGUGUGUCAGCUGCAACGCAUCACCCUGACGGUCAGCCAGCACAUGCCCAACUCGCUGGGCGCCAGAGAAUAUGUUGAAGAAAAGAUAGUGGAUUUUGCAAGGCAGAACCCUGGGAUUGUGGUUUAUGUAAACCCAAAGAAAUGCAGGAUCCCCACAUUGGUUGCUGAAUACUUGAAUGGAAAUGUGAAGGAGGAGCCGUUAACCAGCAAGACUGCAGAAGAGAUUGCAGAUAUUGUCCAAAAAAUGGCCAACCAGUCUGGCCUAGAAAUCAUUCGUAUCCGAAAACCUUUCCACACAGAUAACCCCAGUAUCCAAGGCCAGUGGCAUCCUUUCACAAAUAAGCCCAGCGUGCUCAAUGUGCAAACCAUAGGAGCCAGACUCCAGUCACUGGAAAAAUAAGGCUAUGCUAUAUGGCCUGUGACAUUUAUGAAUGUGAUAUCUCUUGCACACAGGAAAUAUUUGCUACCUACGAAAGUGGGUACUGAAGGGAAAUGACUGACUUGUGGUUGCGAACUCUACUAUUGGGUGGUUCUAGGCCUGUCUGGUUAUGCCAGUAGCCUUCUUCCCAUUGUACUUUGCAGUUUAAUUCUUACUGAAAAUAAAGGAUGAAACUUAA